AUGUGGCCCGCCCCGCCGAGGGCACCUGCACGGAACGGGGCCGCGGGCUCGCAGGACAGUCGGGCCGCAGUGAUGGGGCCGCCGCGAGCGCCCACCCGGACUUCACCGGCCGAGCCCAGCGCGCGGCGGCGACCCUGCCGGGCCUGCGUGGAUUUCAAGACGUGGAUGCGGACGCAGCAGAAGCGAGAGAGCAAGUUUAGGGAGGAUUGCCCUCAGGAUCGAGAGGAGCUGGGGCGCCACAGCUGGGGUGUCCUGCACACCCUGGCCGCCUACUAUCCCGACGUGCCCACCCCCGAGCAGCAGCAGGACAUGGCCCAGUUCAUCCAUUUAUUCGCUAAGUUUUACCCGUGCGAGGAGUGUGCUGAAGAUAUAAGGAAGAGGAUAUGCCAGAACCACCCGAACGCCGGUGGCAGUGGGAGACGUGGAGGGGGCUACGGACGCCGAGAGGGACCUAACAGAGCCUCCCCCACCCACCCCGCGCUUGCACCCGCACACACACAUUCUGAGAUCCAUCAGGUGGAGCCGGCCCUCCCCAGGCCUCUAGGUGCAGCUGUGUUCUCCAUCGCGGUCUUCGGGCCCAUCGUCAACGAGGGCUACGUGAACACCGACAGUGGCCCCGAGCUGCGCUGCGUCUUCAACGGGAACGCGGGCGCCUGCCGCUUCGGCGUUGCGCUCGGCCUAGGCGCCUUCCUGGCCUGCGCCGCCUUCCUGCUGCUCGACGUGCGCUUCCAGCAGAUCAGCAGCGUCCGCGACCGCCGCCGCGCAGUGCUGCUCGACCUGGGUUUCUCAGGGCUCUGGUCUUUCUUGUGGUUCGUGGGCUUCUGCUUCCUCACCAACCAGUGGCAGCGCACGGCGCCCGGGCCAGGCACAGCGCAGGCGGGGGACGCAGCCCGGGCCGCUAUCACCUUCAGCUUCUUCUCCAUCUUCAGCUGGGUGGCACUCACUGUGAAGGCCCUGCAGCGGUUCCGCCUGGGCACCGACAUGUCCCUCUUUGCCACCGAGCAGCUGGGCGCCGGGGCGGGCCAGGCCUACCCAGGCUAUCCGGUGGGCAGUGGUGUGGAGGGAACCGAGACCUACCAGAGCCCACCCUUCACCGAGACCCUGGACACCAGCCCCAAAGGGUACCAGGUACCUGCCUACUAGGGGCAAAGGCUGCCCACCAACGCAGGCCCAGCACCAGGGACCCAGGGCGGCCAGUGUGGGCCCACCUCGGCCAGGAGGAGGUGCCUUCAAAAGUCCUUGGACGGAAGGCCCUAAGGAGGUCACAGGCCCUGGUGUAUAGCCUGCAGCCUCAAAGGGGCCAGAUUGGGCCACUCCCCUCCUGGGCCGGCCAGCCUGGGGCCAGGAGGCCAGCUGUCCUCCAUAGAAGGUGCAGGAGCCACUGGCAUUAGGGGCAAGGAUACAGCCCCAAACGCUGGUCAUGGUCUCCUUGCUCCGGUAGUAGUGGUGUGUUGUGCAGGGCGGCGUGUCCUGUCCAGGGCCCCGUCCCCUUAGUUGUCCAGGCUCUCUAGAGCAGCCUCCUGCCCUGUCAGUGUUGUACUGUGACCCAGUCUUCAGGUUCUUCCCUUAGUUCCCCACAAGCUACCCCAUCAUCUGUGGUCUGUGCCCCAACCCCCAUCUGCCUUGGUCCAGGCCCCUGCUGGGGUCUGGGCAGUUCUGACGACGCACAAGACACCAAACAGAUGGCCUGUCCCAGUCCAAGGGAGGCUCAGGACCUAUGGGUGCCUGGUAAGACCAGCCUCACCCAUAAGAGAGGCCUAAAGGUUCCAUCCACUCACUGUGCCCGUAGAGACAGCUGUCCCAUGCAAAACCACUUUCCCUCGGCUUCCUGGACUGUGUCUCCUCCCACCCCCGCUCUGCACCCCAGUUCUGUGAGCCCAAGACUCUGUGAGUCCCCAUGUGUAGCUGACUACUCAUGCAUUGUUUGAAGCUAGCUUUUCCUUCAUGUUGAUACCAAACCCGGUUGCCACCCUCCACCCCUGCAGAGAGAACGCCUCCUUCCAGGGCUGGCUGCCGAUAAUGCGACAGACCUAUACAUUAUAGUUUAGACCAGUCAUGCGUGGUUGUCUUCAGUAAACAUGUUUACAACUUUUGUAUAUAUUAGAACUUCUUCCUACUACUUCUGAAAGAACAAUCCGUGAUUGUGUAUUUUCAGUGUCCUGUAUCCUACCCACUCACUGCACCUUCUUUACAAUAAAGACUGGAAAUGAGUUUACCGUG